UCAGUUGUGAGUUUAACGAGUAAAAAAUAAUAAUCACUUCAAUUCAACGUGCACAUCUCAAUCGGUUCAGUGCAUAUCAUAUAUCUCGAUGGCUGGUUUUUUACAGAUCUCUGCGAUCGCCCUGGGCGCGCUGACGACAUUGACAGCGGCUAACCACCAUGGUGCCACCUCGUUCGCGUAUUACCAUCCGAUAUUCCAUCACACCCAGCACCACGGACACGACUAUUACGCACCGCCCAAGUACACGUUCAAGUACGGCGUCAAAGAUCCGCAUACGAAGGACGACAAGGACCAGUGGGAGGAGCGGGACGGCGACGUGGUGCACGGUGGCUACAGCGUGGUCCAGCCGGACGGCCGGAUCCGGAAGGUGACGUACACGGCGGACAAGCACAACGGUUUCAACGCGCACGUCCAUUACGAAAACCAUGCUCAUCACCCGCAUCACUACGGCAAACAUCAUCACCAUCACUACGGUGGUCGCGGACGUCGAGACGUCUGAACAGACUUCGCGUCGAUCGGCUCCUGUGCGUUAUUGAUCGGAGGGUUGGGUUAGGUUAGGAUAGGAAUAGUGACCUUUUAUAGUGAAACAAUAACGGUAGUAAUAAUGUUUUAUUCGCUCUUUAUUUUUUGGAUUUUAUUGUUUUUCUUUAAUUUUUUUCCGUCUUCAAACCGUCCGCGCGAGGACUUACAACGUAAACGACGUGCACUCGUAUGAUUCCGUUCGAUCGAAAAAUCAUUCAGAACUUGCACCUGCAGCCCGAUUACACCCGAGCUCUGGCGCAAGGACACCGUCUGGAAUUCGGUUCGCACAUGCACCUGGACACAGUUUUCCGCACCGGUCGGACGUCACGUGCGAAACCCGCACGAAGAGUGUCCGCAGUGUGUUUCGGAUCGACUUCACUGGCACUUCACUGGCUUUCUACUUACAGCACCGUAAGGAUUUUUAGGAAACUGUCAAGCGCGUUGCAUCCCUCGUGACGACACACGUUAUGGUGUUAUAGAGGAUCACGUACACUCCGAUCGGAUGAGGAUCCCGUGCCCGGCUGGAUUAACAAUAAUAUCACCGGUGAAUACGAUGCACUCCUCGAUUGCAUUUGUUGUGAGCGUUGGGCAAUCGAAGAACCCGACAGUGUUACAACGGAGUUUAAUUGAUAUUGCGUCAUGUGUUUUGUUAAUAAUAUUCUCGAUUUGUAUACUUUAAACGUUUUAUUAAAUCAAAUAAUGUUAUCUUUUACGUCUUUAUACCAAUACUUUAUACAAUUCGAAAAUAUGUUUGAUACUUUGAUAAGUUUUAAUAAAAAAUAAUUCCUCUCGAA